UCAGGUUCUGUAGCUGCACCAGAAAAAUUUGUAUCAACUACAGCAUCAUUUUAAUGUUUGCAGUUAUCGUAUGCAGGCAAGUGCAUCUCUGACAGCCUCCAAAGGGGCUUUACUGAUGCAUCUCAGGAUUUCUAUAUCUGACUCUGAGCUUUGUAUGCGCCAUCUCCACUUGAACCAACCACAAAAAGAGGACUGUUGAUAUGGCCGAGGGUGGGCAUCCCUCUGUGUACGUGGUGGACAGCCAUGCCACCUUCCCUCCAGUGCCACCCAGACUAAGCCAGGGGCGACGGCGGGCCGGUGUGGGACAAACCCUGCUCUUCAUCCUGAUGAGCGUGGCAUUGUGCGGCAUGACCAUAGAGGCCUGUCUCAUCUACCGUCUCUACCAAACUGAAUCUGUCACCUCAGCAUCAGUCUCUAAGAUCAUUGCAGAACAAAAUGCUACUGCCGCUAAAUUGCACAGUCCUGUUAUUUCUCCUUCCAAACCGGUUGCACAUCUGACAGAUGGGCAAGAUGUAGUUCAUGCAAAAGACAUUAUGGCAUGGAGCACAGAUGCAGACCCUCUCCUCUAUAAAAUAGACUACAAAGACAGAAGUCUUGUCAUUCAGAAGGAGGGGUAUUACUAUGUCUACUCCAAAGUUUCCUUCACAGACAAAGAUAAAUUUCAUCAUCGUGUUGAUUUGCGUACUGAAAAGUUUACUGGGAAAAGUAUUAACCUCUUGAAGUCCAGAAAAUAUUCCAAUCAUUUCAAACAUCCCGAACAAUCCAACAGUUACCUGGGUGGAGUGUUUCACCUCUCCAAAGGUGAUGCCAUUUUUGUGAAAGUGAGCAACACCUCAAAAAUUGUGCGACAGGACCCCUCUGAGAAUGUCUUUGGUGCAUAUAUGAUAUGAAUAUCAUAUUAAUAUUUCACCAGGAAUUCUAAAAACCGGAGUAAGUGUAAAUAAAAUCAGAUAAGAAAUCAUAUAGCAUACUUUUUUGAGGACUAAUGGUUCUCUUUGUAAUGAAAAGGCAGAUUCACAACCAAUUUGGAGUGAAAACCUGGAAGUGUUAAGAGGGUCAGGACUGCUGACUUUUCAAUUUGUAUAUUAUGUUUGACAGUGUAACAAAAUCCAUUUUUUACAUCACAGACUUUUUAUAUGCUACCUUAUAUACUCACCUUACACUUAAUAUUUUGUAUAUUACGAAAUGACACAACAUAGAUGGAUAUUUUGAAGAUAACUUUUAUAUACACUGCUUAGUUAGAUCUUCAUAUGCAUCAUGUUCAUGUUAAAAUUUUUAAAAAACAUACAAGCUGUAUCCUUAUAUAUUUCUUCUCAUUCUUUCUGUAACAUGUACUGUACACUAUUUAUUUAUGUGUGAAUAAUACAAUUGCUUUUAAUUCUGCUGUCUAUGUGCAAUAAUGCACGCAAAAGAAUGAAAUAAACAGCUAAUGAUUUA